UUGAGUUUUGUCAAUUCUAUUGUUGGGCUUGAAUAACAGUGUAGACCUGAUUGCCUGGUGAACAUGUCUCUGUGCUGAAAAUGGAUGAGUUUUAAUUCUAUUGGAGGUUUAAUGUCAGGCCGUACUUCUUACAAUAAAGAGCUGCCUCCCUCCCUGCAUGGUUAUUCUGUGCUGGCAAUGGACGAGUUUUAGAAUGGCUAUAUAGCAGGGGUCAUUCCUCUUGUUGAUUUUUGUCAAACUUGUUGAAGGGUUAUUUUUGGGCUGGACUUCUUACAGAAGAGCACUGAUUGCGUGGUGAUGUUGACUCCGUGUUACUGUUAGGAGUGGAGGAUUUUUUUAAUGGUUUCAUCGGAGUCGUUCCAUGGGAGUUUUGUUUUCAAUUUUAUUGAAGUUAUUGUUUACGCUGGACUUCUUACACCGGAGAACUGCUUGCAUGGUGAUUCUUUCUUCGCUGGAAAUGGAUGAUUUUUAGUUCAUGGUUGCAGUAUUGAAUGAGUUGGUUUACAUUUAUAAAAAAAUCAAGUUCUUGCAACUGACGAGGACUCCAGCUGAAUAAAUUCAACAUAGAGGGCUAGUGUCUGAUCCAUGCCGAAAUAUCAGCCAUGUCUAAAGCAUCACCUAAACCAACCCUGCCCAGCAUUCUCGGCAACCCUACUGCUAGACGGAAAGUUUCCCGCCGUGCUGCUAGGUUAUCCAUGCUUCAGAAGGAAUAUUUACUCUGGAAGAAAUCAUUUCGAAUGGAAAAGGCGAUUGAGCGACUAAAGAGGAUUUCUAAAACGGUGAAGAUUAUUGCUGGAAUAUGUCUUAAUCUCAAAAGGUAUGUGAAGAAGGGUGAAACCCAGCAGUGGUCCCUGAUUGAGAUGCAUCUCAAUCUCAAAGCAGAAAUGGAGAAAAAUGUAGCAUUUGAUCCCGUCAUGUUCUCCAAACUACGAGUAACACGUGGUUCAGAGAAGCUACGAAGCAUUUUGUCUGAGAAGGCAACCGAAAGAACCAGCGGAGAUGUUGAUGUGGUGUUAGCUUUGCUCCGCAAGAACAAGACGUUUACCGAUUACAACAGAGACACUCAGAAAGCACUCGCGAAGGUGAUGGAAUAUCUCAGGUACGAGCCUCGUCGCAUCAUCUUGAAGGAAGGUCAUCUUGCUUCAGGAUUCUAUAUCAUCCUCUCAGGGACGUGUCUUAUUAAUCAGAAGGAGAUUGAUCCAAGAAACAAUGAGACUUUCGUCAGAACUAUUGAUGAGAUUCACAGUGGAGAUUCAUUCGGGAGCAUUGAGCUGCUGAACAACUGCAUGAGAACAGUAAGCGUGGUUUGUAAAGACGAGUGCGAAGUUCUACUUGUUAACAAGGAGGAUUUUGACACGAUUAUCCGAGAGCCACUGGAGAUGGAACGACAAAAUCUGAUUGAGUUUUGUAACAAUCAAAACGUCUUUGAGAAACUCCCAACAAACUUCAACUUCGCUGGAAAUCAUUAUGCGAUCUCAGCAAAGAAUUACAAGCCAGGUGUAGUCAUUACGAGAGACAUCAACGAAAGUGAUUUCAUCUAUGUAGUUAAAUCAGGAAAAUGUCGAGUGAUAUCAGAAGUGAAGGAGGUCAAAGGAAGACCAAAGCCAGUUACGAAGACAACGGAUAAAACAUUCAACGAUGAGGAAUGGAAGAAAGAUGCUCUUCUCAAACGAAGCAUGACCGUUAUUGAAUCGAUGGGCAACAAACGGAAGUGGGCUUCUGACCCUAAGGGCAGACUCUUCCAACGAGGACGGCAGAAAACUUUCUUCAAUCUGACAGGAAUCAAAGAAAGUAAAGCAAUACACCAUCAAGGUCCUCCAUAUUUUCAUCGUGAUUCCAUCAAUCCAGUCAUGUUACCUCAACUGAAGGCAGCAGGUCGACAGCUUAACAUGAUCAAACCUUUGGAUUUUAGCGAGGAGGAUGGAAAGAAAGAGACUUCUCCAGCGAUUCCUAAGACCUUGUUUGAUGAGCAAGAUAUCCUUCAGACUAGACCACAAACUCAAGAACGGCCUUGGUCAGGAAUGUCUACAACAUGGCGCCGAAUGAGCAUGGCGGCAAGUGCUUCCUCUGAAAAAGAGAGACGACGAAAUCCUUUGCUUUAUCUAAAACCAAGUCGAUUAAAGUCUACGUAUGCUGAGGUUGCAAUUCUCAAGGAAGGAGAUGUCUUUGGUAUCGAGACGCUAGUAAAAGUCAACCAAUCAGAGACUCGCCUGAGUCUGUUGAGUGAGGGCGCUGAUUGUAUUGUAAUAUCUAAGAAGUUUUUUGCAACUCAGGCUACAAUGAAAACCAUUCAGAACUCAACGAAAAGUGCAAUUGAAUACCCAUCAGCAGAAUUCACACUAAACCAAAUUCGUCAAGCGAGGGCGUGGUCUUCAUACAAAGACUCCCUCGUUAAAGACGUACAUAGAAAGAAAGCCAAGGCUGAGCUGUGUAGGUGAUGACGUCAUAAAUAUACCAAAGCAAGAAAGUGGCAAUGUUUGGUUAUUUAGGAUUGCUGUCCAGAGAGAUUUGAGUUAACCAUUAUUUAUACGUCUGUAUCGCAGUGCAAUGCUCCAAAAUCAAAGAAUAAUCAAGACCAAACGUGAACAUUAUGUUAAGAAAUAAUCAUUUUUCUUUAAGAAUAAGCCGUGUGCAAACUAUUUUUAAGUAUGUGGUGUUGUCUAUGGGGGAAGCCUUUUUUUUUCUUGUCGUUUCGACUUGUGGUUUCUUAGUUAUAUUUAAUUAAGUUGCAAAGGACAUCAUUAAGAACACCCAGGUAUAAAUUUGUCGGGCACGAGCAUACACCAAACACUUCUGAUAGCAAUAUUGUUUUACUAAAAAUGUAUUAAUCAAAAUAUAUACAUACAUUUUUCAUUUUGUAAAAUUACCGUUCUUUGGUAUAGCAUUAUUUAAACAUUAAACUAAUUAGAAAAAAAAAUAAAAAAUACCUUAAUAAUUUUCGCACAAAAUGGGCACAUUUCAACGCCCAGAAGUAUUUGUACAUAAUAUUUCAAUUCUUGAAUUUGCCAAAUUAUAAUUUUUACAAAUCUUAUAAUUGUAUAAUUGAUCCCAAUAAAA